AUGUUACCCAUCAACAAAGUGUGCGGGAUCGUUCCUGGCGCUGUCUCCGAGUGGAGCCGUCACACGCUUUCGAAGGAUCGUGGUGUCGGGGUUGAUGGGUUGGUGCUGAGUCCACAGGUGCUGAGUCCACAGGUGCUGAGUCCACAGGUGCUGAGUCCACAGGUGCUGAGUCCACAGGUGCUGAGUCCACAGGAGCUGAGUCCACAGGAGCUGAGUCCACAGGUGCUGAGUCCACAGGUGCUGAGUCCACAGGUGCUGAGUCCACAGGAGCUGAGUCCACAGGAGCUGAGUCCACAGGUGCUGAGUCCACAGGAGCUGAGUCCACAGGUGCUGAGUCCACAGGUGCUGAGUCCACAGGUGCUGAGUCCACAGGAGCUGAGUCCACAGGAGCUGAGUCCACAGGUGCUGAGUCCACAGGUGCUGAGUCCACAGGAGCUGAGUCCACAGGUGCUGAGUCCACAGGUGCUGAGUCCACAGGAGCUGAGUCCACAGGUGCUGAGUCCACAGGUGCUGAGUCCACAGGAGCUGAGUCCACAGGUGCUGAGUCCACAGGUGCUGAGUCCACAGGAGCUGAGUCCACAGGUGCUGAGUCCACAGGUGCUGAGUCCACAGGUGCUGAGUCCACAGGUGCUGAGUCCACAGGUGCUGAGUCCACAGGUGCUGAGUCCACAGGUGCUGAGUCCACAGGAGCUGAGUCCACAGGAGCUGAGUCCACAGGUGCUGAGUCCACAGGUGCUGAGUCCACAGGUGCUGAGUCCACAGGAGCUGAGUCCACAGGUGCUGAGUCCACAGGAGCUGAGUCCACAGGUGCUGAGUCCACAGGAGCUGAGUCCACAGGUGCUGAGUCCACAGGUGCUGAGUCCACAGGAGCUGAGUCCACAGGUGCUGAGUCCACAGGUGCUGAGUCCACAGGAGCUGAGUCCACAGGUGCUGAGUCCACAGGAGCUGAGUCCACAGGUGCUGAGUCCACAGGUGCUGAGUCCACAGGUGCUGAGUCCACAGGAGCUGAGUCCACAGGAGCUGAGUCCACAGGUGCUGAGUCCACAGGUGCUGAGUCCACAGGUGCUGAGUCCACAGGAGCUGAGUCCACAGGAGCUGAGUCCACAGGUGCUGAGUCCACAGGUGCUGAGUCCACAGGAGCUGAGUCCACAGGUGCUGAGUCCACAGGUGCUGAGUCCACAGGUGCUGAGUCCACAGGAGCUGAGUCCACAGGAGCUGAGUCCACAGGUGCUGAGUCCACAGGUGCUGAGUCCACAGGUGCUGAGUCCACAGGAGCUGAGUCCACAGGAGCUGAGUCCACAGGUGCUGAGUCCACAGGUGCUGAGUCCACAGGUGCUGAGUCCACAGGUGCUGAGUCCACAGGUGCUGAGUCCACAGGAGCUGAGUCCACAGGAGCUGAGUCCACAGGUGCUGAGUCCACAGGUGCUGAGUCCACAGGUGCUGAGUCCACAGGUGCUGAGUCCACAGGAGCUGAGUCCACAGGUGCUGAGUCCACAGGUGCUGAGUCCACAGGUGCUGAGUCCACAGGAGCUGAGUCCACAGGUGCUGAGUCCACAGGUGCUGAGUCCACAGGUGCUGAGUCCACAGGUGCUGAGUCCACAGGUGCUGAGUCCACAGGAGCUGAGUCCACAGGAGCUGAGUCCACAGGUGCUGAGUCCACAGGUGCUGAGUCCACAGGUGCUGAGUCCACAGGUGCUGAGUCCACAGGAGCUGAGUCCACAGGUGCUGAGUCCACAGGAGCUGAGUCCACAGGUGCUGAGUCCACAGGUGCUGAGUCCACAGGUGCUGAGUCCACAGGUGCUGAGUCCACAGGUGCUGAGUCCACAGGUGCUGAGUCCACAGGUGCUGAGUCCACAGGUGCUGAGUCCACAGGAGCUGAGUCCACAGGUGCUGAGUCCACAGGAGCUGAGUCCACAGGUGCUGAGUCCACAGGUGCUGAGUCCACAGGUGCUGAGUCCACAGGAGCUGAGUCCACAGGUGCUGAGUCCACAGGUGCUGAGUCCACAGGUGCUGAGUCCACAGGAGCUGAGUCCACAGGUGCUGAGUCCACAGGUGCUGAGUCCACAGGAGCUGAGUCCACAGGUGCUGAGUCCACAGGUGCUGAGUCCACAGGAGCUGAGUCCACAGGUGCUGAGUCCACAGGUGCUGAGUCCACAGGUGCUGAGUCCACAGGUGCUGAGUCCACAGGUGCUGAGUCCACAGGAGCUGAGUCCACAGGAGCUGAGUCCACAGGUGCUGAGUCCACAGGUGCUGAGUCCACAGGUGCUGAGUCCACAGGUGCUGAGUCCACAGGAGCUGAGUCCACAGGUGCUGAGUCCACAGUGGGGGCUUCAGGCAAAGUGGGGUUAA